GAGGCUCAGGGCGGCCGCCUAUUGGCUGGGAGGCUCCGGAGCCGGAGCCGGGCGGGACCUGGCCUCGCCGGAGAUGGGCGGCGCCGCGAGUUUGGUUCAGGAGGUGGGUACCGGCUUCAGUGAGACGAUCAUGGCAGCUCGAACCGGUCAGAGGGUCCUGAGAAAGGUGGUCUCGGGCUCGGGAUGUCGUCCAAAGUCGCCGGUAGCAGCUGGACCCCCGGUUUCGGCGCAGGGGCCUACGCGGAACGUCAGAUACUUAGCUUCCUGUGGUAUACUGAUGAGCAGAACUCUUCCACUACAUACCUCAGUUUUGCCCAAGGAGAUAUAUGCAAGAACUUUCUUCAAAAUUGCUGCACCGUUAAUAAACAAAAGAAAGGAGUAUUCAGAGAGGAGAAUUAUAGGAUACUCUAUGCAGGAAAUGUAUGAUGUAGUAGCAGGAAUGGAAGAUUACAAGCAUUUUGUUCCGUGGUGCAAAAAAUCCAAUAUAAUAUCCAAGAGAUCCGGAUACUGCAAAACACAAUUAGAAAUUGGAUUUCCACCUGUAGUGGAGCGCUAUACGUCUGUAGUAACCAUGGUGAAGCCACAUUUGGUAAAGGCAUCCUGCACUGAUGGGAAGCUUUUCAAUCAUUUGGAGACAGUUUGGCGUUUUAGCCCAGGUUUGCCUGGCUACCCAAGGACUUGCACCUUGGAUUUUUCAGUUUCGUUUGAAUUCCGCUCACUUCUACAUUCUCAGCUUGCCACAUUGUUUUUCGAUGAAGUCGUAAAGCAGAUGGUAGCGGCCUUUGAAAGAAGAGCGUGUAAGCUGUAUGGUCCAGAAACAAAUAUACCUCGGGAGUUAAUGUUUCAUGAAGUUCAUCACACGUAAAAAAAGGAAAGAACUGGAACUGGUCACCUACUCGUGACUUCAGUGUGUUCACUUUUAGAACGUGCUUUUAUCAUUUGCUUUCAGAAGCCAGAAAGCAUUUGUUCAGCCCAGCUUUGGUUAUAAACCUGCACCAUCGAAAAUUUGCACUUGGAAUAUGGAAGCACAUGUACAUAGAAUUCAAUCACGUAUAAUUCAAAGUAAUGCGUACAUUAGCAUAUUUACAGUCAAUGGGAUGUCAUCACUAUUGCUAGAAUACUGACAUCACUCUUCUGAGAGAAAUUGAAACUAAACUUAAACCUUUUAGUUAUCACUUUAUCCAAAAGAGGUUAGUGGAGAUACUCAUGUAGUAUAUAUUAUAAUGACCAUAUCACGUUUAAGUUAUUAAAUUCAGACUAUUUAUAACUUACUGUCAUAGGGUUAGGAUAUUUGCAUAAUCAUCAGAUACUUACAGUAAAAACAUUGACUUAACAAUACUGUUCAUGAAGGUUCCUUGGUACCUUUUUAAAAUUGUUCUGAUGGUAGUAGGAGAUAAUUCAAUGCUACAGUGAGGUUAGCUCCCUGAUAAACUCCUGGCUUUUUUGGUGAGUGGUCCAGAGCUUUACGCUACAUUUUUUAUAGUUUGCAACCCUCUCCCAGGUACUUUGCUCUGUCAACAAUGCUGAUCGUGUGUCAAAUUGUGUCUACAGCAGUGGGCAACAUGAAGAGAAGUUGGCUGCUGUCUCCAGCACCAUGCAUCCCUAUUUUCUAUUUAUUGUGUAUACUCACUUUCAAUAAUGUAUUUCAAACUGAUAUUUUUGUAUACAAAUCAAUGUAAGGACUGAAGUGGUAACUUAAUAAAGUUAAUUUGUUUAUUUUGUA